AUGAAGUUGGUAUCGUUUCUAAUGCACCUUCCGGGAUCUACCAGUCACCCGGUGACGGUGGAGUUGAAGAACGGGAACUCCGUGAACGGCCAGGUUCUUUCUUGCUCCCCCACGAUGAACUUGGCGUUGAAAAACAUCAAGCUUAUUCAACCACACCAAGACGCUCAGUUCUUGAACUACAUGAAUAUCAGAGGUAAUCAGAUCCGCCAGGUGUUGUUGCCGGAGGAUUUGAACUUGGAUGCGGUGUUGGCCAAGUGUGUGCAAAACACGAAGAGUAAGGGGACCAGCGGAAGUGUUUCCAAAGGUAGUCACAAACCCAAGCCUUUCAAGAGAAGAGGUGUUUAA